AUGGACUUCAGAAACCAAACUUCGUCUCCAGCCUCGCGUGAGGAUAGCUUCCACAGCAACCCCGAUGCCCAUCACAGCAAACCGAUACGUCCACCGAGGUCAAACGCAUCCAAGUCGCGACUCUGUGACGAAGAGAGCGACUCGUCGAGCACCUUUAUCAGUGGAGCUUCGAAUGCCAUCGCAUCGCAAGACAAAGCCACUGCUGCCACCACCCUCGAUCGCAUCUCCAAAUACCUCCAACAUCUACCUCACGCUCAGGAUCCAUCAGACCCUUGCCUAAGCAGAGACUUCGCCACCGAGAACAAGGAGAACGAGCCGCCACACUACUACACACCUCCACGCGAUCCACGCGCCAGCAACACCUACCUCCGCUUCCAAGAGAUGAAGCUAAGAGAGCCAGAAGCCAGAUUCUCUACCCAUCAAGCCUGGUUGACUUUGGACUUUUCGCAAGGCAAUCCUGUGUUUAUGGUCGGCGUCGACGACACUCAACACGCAGAGAGUAUCCACAAACAGAUCACAUGGUUGAGAGAUAAAUGGAUUGGCAUCACCAUACCCAUCAGGUAUCACAUCAUGGAGUAUGAUGAUGAACCUAUUGUGCCACCGCCAAGAACAGGAAGACAGGUCAUGCGUGAGGAAGAUCUGAGUUUGCCGGACGGCACUUUCUUGAACGAUUUGGUUGAACGCUCCAAUGCUGAACGUUCAAGCCUGAUCAGGCCUUCAGGCUACUGCUACAGAUAG